CGAUUCCUCCCACUGACAACAAUGAUGGGGCGCUAUUCCUGCCACGGACACCAAUGAUGGGGUGCUAUUCCUCCCACUGACACCAAUGAUGGGGCAUGAUUCUUCGCUCUGACACCAAUGAUGGGGCACUAUUCCUCCCACUCACGCCAAUGAUGGGGCACUAUUCCUCCCACUCACACAAUGAUGGGGCACUAUUCCUCACACACUGACACUAAUGAUGGGGCACCAUCAUUGGUGUCAAUGGGAGGAAUAGUGCCUCAUCAUUGGUGUCAGUGGGAGGAAGAGUGCCCCAUCAUUGGUCAUAUUGAAAUCAAAUCUGAUUUUUUUUAC